GGUUUGUUGUUGUUGUAGAUUGUUUCCUUCUAAGAUUUUAUUUUUAAGGUAUAAAGUACAUAGGUUUUCUCACUUUACCACAAUAAACAUAAGGGAUCAUUUUAGUCAUUUUCUCUAAUGUUUAGCAGCCCCCAUUUGAUUAUUUUCUACAACCCAACAAAAGGACUCCCGCGUCUACAAGGCAGCAACCCUUGUGCAAUUCACCAUAAACACUUUAUAGUCAAUCGAAAAUCCCAAAUUGUAAUGGCAAAACGGAAUGUUUCAGACUCAGAAACGGAAGAGAGUAGCUCAGACUCAGAGGGGUCGGAGUCCCCGGUGGAGCCUCAAAGAAGUGGAAAAGUCACGGAGUAUGAGAAACAAAGAAUGAAGAGAAUGGAAGAAAACAAAGCAAGAAUGGAGGCUAUGGGUCUGCAUAAAAUGGCAAGUUCUUUAAUGGGUUCUUCACAGAAACCCAAGAAGAAAGAAAAGGACAGAAAGGGGAAAAAGAAAGUGGUUGAUGAAGAUGAAGAUUAUGAGCCAGCUCAAAGUGAGGAUCUUUCUGAUACAGGUGAAGAUGACGAAGAAGAUGAUGUGGAUUAUCAAGUUUCAAAGUCCAAAUUGAAAAAGUCAAAGAAAAAAAUAACUCCUAAGAAGAAAGUUUCUAACACAGCGUUACCAACUGACACGGAAUAUGUCGAUGAUGAUGACGCCUUAAUGCAGGCUAUUGCUUUGUCACUACAAGAUUCAGCAGGUUUUCUGAAUCUUGCAAAUAAAAUGCCUAUGCAAGGCACUGAUGCAGAUUCCACCAAAAAGGACAGCAACAAAAAACCUUCUUUAAAAAAGGCCAGUAACGAAAAAGAAAUAGGUACCUGCAAUCAGGAAGAUGCUAGUGGGAAAAGGAAGAGAAAACAACAGCAGACAAGAAAUCGGGUGCAGAUGACUGAGGAUGACUUGAUUAUGCAUUUCUUUCAGUUCGAUGAAGCUGGAAAAGGGAGUAUAAGUUUCAGAGAUCUACGGAAAAUGGCAGUUUCCCAUGAUUUUACUUGGUCAGAUGAGGACAUGGAAAAUAUGAUUCGUUGUUUUGAUUCUAAUGGAGAUGGAAAGUUGAGCUUGGAUGACUUUCGCAAGAUUGUGGUCAGAUGUAAUAUGAUACAAGGUUCUGAAGAUGCUGGUUAGUGAUGCAUCCAACGAGUACUUAAAUCUAUUGGACAUGACCGACUUAAGACUUCAUGUUACUACACUCUCCUGACAGUGAGAAGGGAAAUUAUAGCUAAGAAGUUGACAGCGUGAAAUAGAAGGUACUCAGAAUCUCACACGAGAUAAAUUGACACUUCCAACGGGGUUUAAAUAAUGGCUUUUGAGCUUGGAUUCAGAAGAAAACUGAUAUAAUCUUUUUUGUUGAGAACGGAAAGAAAGGAAGGGGUAGUCUAUUUAUGUACUUGUAUAUUAGUACAGUAGUUAGUUUCUUCUCCUUGUUUUUUCAAUUCGUCCAGCUAGCAUGUUUUCUUCAAGAAGAUGGGCCACUGGAUAUUGGAACGUGAUGGCCUAACAUCAUCUUUCUGGUCAUAGGAGAUCAUAUCCUCUGUUAAAUGUAUGUAACUAAUGAUUCUUGUUUUGUUAUCCUUCUUAAGAAAGGAAUUUUGCUCGUUCUUCUAUUA